UUUUCCCUCAGGGAACAUCAACAAACACGACCGACGAUUUUGUGCACGGAGUGCGACUUUUGCGAUGCCGCUUUAAAUUGUACAUCGAUAAGCUAUGAAAACAUUCAUUUAAUAGGAGUGCUUCGAUAUUUUUCAUGCUUUGACCCUAAUGAUUGCUUGGUUUUGCGGACACUCACUUGAGAAGUCUGUGGGCUAAAGCCAAGAUUCAUACCGUACUGCAAUGGGAAUGGACCGCUCUAAAGCUAUUCGGGUUGGUUUCUACGAGAUCGACAAGACUAUUGGCAAAGGGAACUUCUCCGUUGUCAAACUCGCUCGCCAUCGUAUCACCAAAAGCCAGGUCGCCAUCAAAAUAAUAGACAAGACACAACUUAACGAGAUGAACUUAAAGAAAAUUUACCGCGAAGUCCAGAUCAUGAAAUUACUUCAACACCCUCAUAUUGUAAAGCUGUAUCAGGUGAUGGAAACGAAAAACAUGUUAUAUUUGGUCACGGAUUAUGCAAACAACGGAGAAAUGUUUGAUUAUUUAGCUCACCAUGGAAGAUUACCAGAGAAGGAAGCUCGGAAAAAAUUUGUGCAGAUUUUAAGUGCUGUCGACUACUGUCAUAAAAGACAUGUUGUACACAGAGACUUAAAGGCAGAGAACUUACUUCUUGAUCAGAACAUGAAUAUAAAAAUAGCAGAUUUUGGAUUUGGAAAUUAUUACAAGCCUGGGAACCCACUAAACACUUGGUGUGGAAGCCCACCCUAUGCAGCACCUGAGGUGUUUGAGGGGAAAAUAUAUGACGGACCGCAGUUGGAUAUCUGGAGUCUGGGUGUUGUGCUAUAUGUCCUUGUGUGCGGCGCUCUUCCAUUUGACGGUUCUACGCUGCAAGCUUUAAGAGACAGAGUACUGGAAGGGAAAUUCAGGAUACCAUUCUUUAUGUCUACAGAAUGCGAACACCUUAUAAGGCACAUGCUGGUAAAAGAUCCUAACCAGAGAUACACCAUCGAGCAAAUUCAAAAGCAUAAAUGGCUGCAGGCGGCAGAUUCGCAAAAGAUCUCCGAGAUUGAGCAGAGUAUGCGGGAGUUUGAGAAGAUCUCGAUGGAGGAUUACAAUGAGCAAGCUCUGGAGCUCAUGAAGGGACUUGGGAUUGACAUCAAGCGAACGAAAAAGGCUCUUGAUGACAAUACCUUCGACCACCACACAGCUAUUUAUUACCUACUCGUCGACAGAUUGCGCCUACACCGCGCAAGCUACCCUGCAGAAGAACAAUGCGAGACCAAGUUGCGCCGGCCUAGCGGAAUCGCCGAGGCAGCGGUCGUACGCAAUAAUAUCGAGAAGGGUACUACACUACAGGAAACCUACCCUGUACGGCAAGUCGCAAGCGUGCAACCGCGGAGACCGUACUUACCUUUACAAAUUGCUAUAAAUGAACUCCAUGAUCGCAUCCCUACUCCGCCUGAGAUACGGCGAGAGAUUGCGAAUCAGUGUCUACGGGAAAUGUCGCCAGUUCGCGAAGAGAGCUUUAAGAUGAGGUGUAGCGCGCCUCGGGAGGCGGGGCCAGGCAUAGACAUUAAUGCGACUAAGGCGAUCCUUGACGCGCAGAGGAUGGAGAGUGACGAGGAGGAUCAGGAGAUCAAGGCUGCAUUGAGUCAGGUCGAACAACAAUCUCAAGAGAAACCUAAGAUAAGGCGCCAUACGGUGCACACGGCGCCUAAGGGUGGGCUGGAGGUACCGGCCGGACAUCCUCUUCUUCGUGCGCAGGCGUCAACUGGGGGGAUCCCUCCCGGAAUUGCAGGGUUCACCUUUACACCGCAGGUUCUCGUGUCGUCGCCUAGUACCCAGGCUCUACCGACAUCGGUUUCCGGACCUCAUUUACCAAUGCGUGAUACGCAGGCUCCGAGUUAUCACCCGACGCAUCCGUCGUUGACCCGACGUGCUUCCGACGGCAACGCGGUCAUUCCCGUCAUGCAGCAAACCCUUAAAGAGAACUCUACGCUAAAACGCAUUCGACAACUACAACAGGAGCAUCUUAAACUACAAGAACAAUAUCAGAAAUCACUAUCACCGUCUGAACUCCGACAACAACAAGCACUUCACGCUGAUUAUAAACAGCGAUACAAUCAAAUGCGUAAAGAACUUCAGAGACAAUACGAGAGACUUAUGUCUGAUAACGAGCAGGUGGAAAGUCUUCCCGAGGAGAAGUUGAUGAACGAUAUGAGCGAGGUGCCCCGGGUCCCGACCCUUAUCGAGGAGAGUUCUGCUUUACAUUUUCCACUGCAUCACCCUGAAAACGAUGCGCCAUCACUACCGCAUAACCCGUUGUUGAACCAGUUUCAGCAAUUGCACAUUGACAAUAACUGCCGGCAUAACCCCAUUCGUAGAAUGCCGUGCAUGAAACAAAACCCUCAUAAGCAGGUAUUUAGGACUUCUUCGUACAAAAAGGCGCAAAUGUACGGUUUAUUACCGCCGCUAGAAUGUGAGAUUACCAACACCCCCACGACACUUGCAGGGCAAGGGCGAAUUGAGCAACACACUGAAUCAGCCCAAGCGCAAUCGGUAGCUGCACUUUAAACACUUUUGACGGCAGUUAAUGGAUUGACAGUUGCUACGGCGACUGAAGUUUUGCAGUGCGCCUCUUGCCAUAAAAUGGCUGGAAAUUAUUCGUUGUCGCACGAACGUCUUCGUUUGCUUUUCGUACGUGUGGGGAUAACGCUGGAAAAGAUAUUUUGAGGGGAUAAAACAAUAUUUCGCUUUUUUAAGAGAUUUGAGCAGAUUUUUGUACGUAUAAACACGACGUUCAUUUUAAAAGUUUGAGAGUUAAAUGGUGAGAAUUCCUCUAUAAAAGAAACAAAUUUAUUUAAUCGAUGAAAUUUUUAUUUUUGUUCAUAGAAUAUCAAAACACAACUUUCUUCUUAUGAAAAUAUCAUCAGAAGAUUAAAAUAAUUAAAUAAAUAUUAUUUAGAUUAUAAAAAAUACAAUCGAAUAACACAUGUAACUAACAUACAGGCGCUGAUCCGGGAUACUGAAAUAUCCGGGAUAUUGAAAGUUUGGCCUGUUUACGAAAAAAGCGCUGAACACAGCGCGAAGCAAAGAACUCAUACUUAACUUACUAACUAACUUUUGACCUGUCUACGUAAACAGGUUUAAAUAGGCCUGGCUCCGCGCCUGACAUAGAUGUCAUUGUAGGUCGUCCGGCUCAUUGACACAAAUCCAGUAAAUCAUUGCUCAAUCUUGUUGAACUAAGACUCAGUCAGUGCAGUCGAACCGUAGAAUGAAAGCGCAGUACGUAUCGUAUAAUGUAACAUGGCUACAACGAGUAACAACAUAUCAAAUAAAGUAUGUUAAAUAUUGA